CCCAAGAUGUCUCCUUACAAAAGACUACAUUCGAGUGCAUCCAGUGCAAGAGCGGAAAAUCUACCAUUAUGGACACCAGAACUGAACCUAUUCCUCAACCCCCCAAGGCGCCCAUCUUGGGCAACUUGGGUGAUCUCGAUGUCAAAUUCCCAUUGGACUCGUUCGUGAACUUGGCCAACAAGUAUGGUUCUAUAUUCAAAUUAUCUCUACCUGGUAUGGGGCUCGUUGUCGUGUCAGACUGGGAGAUGGUGCAUGAGGUCUGCGACGAUUCUCGAUUCCGGAAAUCCAUAAAAGGCGAUCUUGAGUUGCGAAAUGCCGCGAAUGAUGGACUUUUCACUUCCACGGGAGAAGAUGAGGAGAAUUGGGGCGUUGCCCAUCGUGUUCUCAUGUCUGCCUUCGGUCCCAUAUCAAUCAGAAACAUGUUCGAUGAGAUGCACGAGGUUGCUAGUCAGCUGGCGUUGAAAUGGGCACGACAGGGCUCUCACGAACCAUUAGACGUAAGUGGUGACAUGACGCGCCUUGCGCUCGAUACUGUGGCACUUUGUUCCAUGGGCUUCCGUUUCAAUUCGUAUUAUCGCCAGGACUUGCACCCGUUCGUCAACGCUAUGAAUGAAGUUCUCGACACAGCCGGCCGACGAGCGAAUCGUUUCAUGCCAUCGGUAUUCUACCACUCUUCCAACCGCAAGUUCAAAGAGAAUAUCAAACUCCUGCGCUCAACAGCUAGAGAAGUCGUGGAUGCAAGGAAGUCCGAAGAAGUUCCAAGCGGGAGGAAAGACCUCCUUCAAGCUAUGUUAGCAGGAGUCGACCCGAAAACAGGUCGAAAAAUGACCGAAGAGAGCAUCAUUGACAACUUGAUCACUUUUCUGGUGGCUGGCCACGAGACUACAGCCGCAACGCUUUCCUUCGCUAUGUACAAUCUGGUCAAAUUUCCUGAAGUGUGCAGAAAAGCCCAAGAAGAGGUUGACGCUGUGGUUGGCAAGGGCGCCGUCACUCUGGAACACGUACCUAAGCUUCAAUAUCUAUCUGCGCUGAUACGAGAGACAUUGCGAUUGAAUGCGCCCAUCACUGCUUUUGCCAGAGAGGCGGUUGGCGACCAGAUCAUUGGCGGCAAAUAUCUGGUCAAGAAUGAGACUCAGAUCGUUUGUUUCCUCACGAAGUCACAGAGCGAUCCUAUAAUAUGGGGUCCCGAUGCCAACAUGUUCAAGCCUGAAAGAAUGUUGGACGACAACUUCGAUCGUAUGCAGAAGAAAUACCCCCAUUGUUGGAGUCCUUUCGGGACCGGUAUUCGCGCUUGUAUUGGACGACCGUUCGCGUGGCAAGAGAUGAUCCUGGCUCUGGCGGUGCUACUGCAGAACUUCAACUUUGUGAUGCACAAUCCCUCCUACACAAUGCAGCUCUCACAGUCCUUGACCAUCAAGCCUAAAAAUUUCCAAGUGCGUGCCAUCUCCCGGGAGGACUUGACUCCAGCUCAACUAGAAGCCCGUCUGGCAGGAGGAUACAGUGAAGUCGGAAAAGCAUCUUCUCCAACUAAAAACCCGACAUUGAAUGAGAAGAAUGCGGUUUCUACUGGCAGAAAGAUUGCUAUCUAUUAUGGUUCCAACUCAGGCACUUGCGAGUUUAUGGCGCAGAAACUGGCGUCCAGCGCCAGUGCCCAUGGAUACGUGUCCUCAGUCGACAUAUUGGAUACGGCUAAAGAAAUACUCCCUAGCGACACCCCUGUGGUAAUUAUUACGGCGUCUUACGAGGGUCAACCCACACAGAAUGCAUCCCAUUUCGUCAAUUGGCUUGAGAAUGCAAAGGGGGAGAAGUUAGACGGCGUGAAAUAUGCGGUUUGGGGCUGUGGCCAUAGUGACUGGGCGAAUACAUACCAAAAGGUACCAAUCAUGAUAGACGCAACUCUGGAAAAUCUCGGUGCUUCCAGAAUGGCGCCUUUGGGGACCACCAAUGCGAAAGACCGUGACAUGUUUUCUGAUUUCGAAACUUGGGAAGACCAAACAUUAUGGCCAGCAAUUAAGCAGAACUUUGGCAGCACCGAUGUUGCCGAAUCCACCCUGCCCGCACUACAGUUGACCUUUUCGGCCCCUAGAGCUUCUAACUUACGUCAAGACGUAAAGGAAUCUCUAGUAGUCGAUGGGCACAGACUGACAAAAGGUGAUGGAGUAGGAGAGAAGCGCCACCUCGAAUUCCAGCUUCCCAGUGGUUGGACUUAUUCCGCUGGCGACUAUCUCGCUGUGCUACCCCACAACCCGAAAGAGACAGUGGCUCGUGUAAUGCGACUCUUCCAUUUGGCCUGGGAUGCGCACGUGUCCAUCCAGUCGUCGAACCCAACUACUCUUCCUACCAAUAUCAGUUUGCCUGUGUCCGAAAUACUAAGCUCCUAUGUCGAGUUGAGUCAGGUGGCUACAAAGCGGAAUAUUACUUUUCUUAGCCAAUUCACAGAUCAAGACGAGAUCAAAGCAAAGAUCAUGCUGUUAGCUACAGAUAACUUCGAAGACGAGGUUAGAUCGAAGUUCCUCUCUGUUCUGGGCAUUCUGGAACAAUUUUCUACGAUUCAAAUACCAUUCGAGUGUUUUCUUUCGAUUUUACCACCCAUGCGGGUCCGUCAAUAUUCAAUUUCAUCUUCACCGCUAGCGAAUGAAGGCAAGCUCACAAUAACCUACUCUGUACUGAAUGCACCAGCACACUCCGGCAUUGGCCGCCAUGUUGGCGUUGCAUCGUCUUACAUGUCAGGCCUACUACCGGGUGACAAGGUGCAGGUCGCGGUGCGACCAGCGGCGGGCGGCUUUGGACUGCCGCUGGAACCAAAUAAGACGCCCAUUAUCUGCAUCGCGGCGGGGACCGGACUAUCUCCAUUCCGGGCAUUCAUCCAAGAGCGUGCCUUUAUCGCGGGGAAGCAACAAGGGACGUUAGCGCCUGCGCUGCUGUUCUACGGCUGCCGCGAUCCAGACAACGACGACCUCUACCGCGAUGAAUUCGACGAAUGGGAGCGUGCAGGCGUAGUUGCCGUUUACCGCGCCCAUAGUCGGAAGCCCGAUGCCGCUGAUGGUUGUCGCUAUGUGCAAGACCGACUCUGGCGCGAACGGCGGGUGGUGGGUUCACUUUGGAGCGAUGGAAACGCGCGUAUCUAUAUCUGUGGUUCCAGCAAGAUAGCUAAGGCUGCAAAAGACGUGCUGGUGCGUAUCAUGCAAGAUGAGAGCGCGAAGAAGGGUCAGACUAUGACAGAUGAGGAGGCAAUGGAGUGGUUUGACAAGCACCGGAACGAACGAUUCGCGACGGAUGUUUUUGACUGA